AUGUCCUCUGCGUCGCCUUCGUCAUCGGCGCCGGAGAUGGAGCUACAACCGCCGGCAAUCGUCGAUGGUGACCCGUCAGCGUUAUCCGCCGCCGUCUGGGAUUGGGGAGAUCUCCUCGACUUCGCCUUAGACGAUCGGCUUCUCGUCUCCUUCGACUCCGAUCAACCUCCGUUCUCCGCCGCUCCUCCCCCGCAGAAUCAACCGCUGGAAUCGGAAUCGGAUCCUUCCCCGGGCUCGAGUUCGGGUUCGGAUCGGGUGAGGAAGCGGGACCCGCGGUUGACUUGUUCGAAUUUCCUGGAAGGUAGGAUCCCAUGCUCGUGCCCGGAGAUCGACCAGAGAUUGGAGGAGGCGGAGCUUCCGACGAAGAAGCGGGUCCGGGGCGGCGGGCGUGGCGGCUCAGGCUUGGCCCGGUGCCAGGUCCCGGGUUGCGAAGCGGAUAUAAGCGAGCUCAAAGGUUACCAUCGGAGGCAUAGGGUUUGCCUCCGGUGCGCGAACGCGAGCUCCGUCGUGCUCGACGGAGAGACCAAGAGAUACUGCCAACAGUGUGGAAAGUUUCAUAUGCUGUCAGAUUUCGACGAAGGUAAACGCAGUUGUCGAAGAAAGCUUGAGCGUCACAACAACAGGCGUAAAAGAAAACCCGUAGAUAAAGGAGACGGAGAUGAAAAGCAUCAGCAAGCAGCAUUGCAGAAUGAGAACAGCGUAAUUGAUGUUGACGAUGAAAAAGACAAUAUCUGCUCAAUUGACCAGAGAGCAGAACAAGAGGCUUCACUGGAUUUUGAAUAUGAAAAAAAUUGUGGGCAGGGAGCUGUACCUAUUCCCCAGAGUAUCAAUGCAGAUAGUUUUGUAUCUUUUGCAGCUCAGACAGAUGAAGGAAAGAAUGACACGAAAUUUGAACAUUCACCUCUCUAUGGUGACAACAGAAGUGCUUACUCAUCUGAGUGCCCAACUGGUCGAAUCUCAUUCAAACUUUACGAUUGGAAUCCAGCGGAGUUCCCUAGGAGACUGCGGCAUCAAAUAUUCCAGUGGCUGGCCGCCAUGCCUGUGGAGUUGGAGAGCUAUAUUCGUCCUGGAUGUACGAUAUUGACUGUCUUUAUUGCAAUGCCUGAGAUUAUGUGGGCUAAGUUAUCUAAAGAUCCCGUGGCUUAUCUGGAUGAGUUUAUUCUUAAACCUGGAAAGAUGCUGUUUGGGAGAGGCUCGAUGACUGUUUAUUUGAACAACAUGAUUUUCCGUCUUAUGAGAGGUGGAACCUCUGUCAAGAGAGUCGAUAUAAAAUUACAGGCCCCAAGACUUCAAUUUGUCUACCCAACAUGUUUUAAAGCUGGAAAACCAAUUGAACUCAUCAUUUGUGGACGGAACUUCCUGCAACCAAAAUUUCGGUUUCUUGUCUCUUUUUCUGGGAAGUACUUACCUUACAACUAUUCUGUUAUUUCUUCACCCAACCAGGACGGGAAGAGUUCUCGUUGUUGUUGUAAUAAGUUGUACAAGAUCAAUGUUGUGAACUCCGACCCAAAUCUCUUUGGUCCUGCAUUUGUCGAGGUUGAGAAUGAAUCUGGCCUUUCAAAUUUCAUUCCUCUAAUUAUUGGAGAUGAAGCUAUUUGCUCCGAAAUGAAACUAAUAGAGCAGAAGUUCAAUGCUACACUCUUUAUUAAAUUAACCAGUCAGAUAACCCGGAGAUAUGAUCGGCAGAGGCAAACAGCCUUUUCUGGGCUCCUGUUAGAUAUAGCAUGGUCAGUUAAGGCGCCCACUUCAGAAUGCAGGGGACAGAACAUGAAUCUUUGUCAGAUACGGAGAUUCAAUCGGGUGUUGGAUUAUCUGAUACGGAGUAAUUCGGUUUCCAUAUUGGAGAAAGUGCUGCAGAAUCUGGAAACUCUGUUGAACAAAAUGGAACCUGACUCUGUGAUUCACUGUACAAGUGAUAGCGACGUGAGACUCUUACAUGAAAAUAUGAAUAUGGCCAGAGACAUCAACAGGAAACGUCAGAGCCAUGAACAAUCAAUGACAAACUUUGGAAACGAUCUUCCUUCAUCAAAUUGUGAUUGUGGCUGUGACUGUGGCUGCGGUUGCAAAAGCAGUUUCCAGAAGGACGCACCAUCACGAACAUCAAACAUUAAUCAGGAUCCAGAGGCAGGAUUAGUUUCCAAGCAGGGGAAGCAGCGGGUGGCCAGGAGAGAAACUGACCCUCUUUUAAGCAAAGAGUUUGUAAUGAACGUGGACGGUGUCAGAGACUGGCCGAGGAAUUCUUGCAGCCCGGUAUACCCUGUCCAGGCAUUUAGAUCCCGUCCAACCGCAUUCAUAAUCACAACACUCAUCCUCUGUUUCACGGUAUGUGCGGUUCUGUACCAUCCAAACAGGGUCACGGCAUUUGCAGUGGCCGUCAGAACGAGAUUGGCUCACGAAACUUGACAGAGAGUCUCUCUCUCUCUCUCUCUACAUAUAUCACUGCCCAGCUUCUUCUCAGACAUUGGAUGAUGAUUGAUUCCGCUCCAUGGCAUCAGAAGGGACGACGAACUUCGGUUUACAAAGGCUUGAGCAGCUGCGGCAACUGUAAUAACAGCAGUUUGAUGAUUUAUUUCCUUUUGUUUCUGUAACACGUUGAGUUACGAUUUCUAACUGAAAUUGGAAGACGGUGAAGAAGAAAAUGUUAAGAUAUGUAUCUGUUUUUUGUUAUAUAGAAAUUGGAUGAAAAUAUAAUCAAAUGGACCACUGGUUUUAAUGAGA